AUGGGUGGAUCUGAAACAGGAGGCAGUAAAAGACAUGCUAACCAAUACCAAUUUGAGCGCAACCAGAUAGUUAAGAAGGCGAAGAGCACUACCGAAACAGAGUUGAUUCAGAUUCGAAAGGUGUAUGAAACUGACUCGUCAUCUUCAGAUGAGUUGUUUAACGGAGACCAUUCAGAUGAAGGCAACAUACAGAACGAUAUUUCUGGUGGCGAAAUCUCUUUAGAAAGCUCAUCAUCAGAUAUCUCUGGUAGAAGUACACCCAUACAUGAGCCAACCACUAUAUCAACAACAUCUGAACAGCAGCAUGGAGUAGCAACCAAGUUGAAGACCACGAUAACAACAGCGACUAUUAAUGAUGACGAUUUCAAUGUUUUGAAGAGACAAGUAAUAUCUCAGUUGAACGGAAGAUCCAAGUUUCCCAACCUUCAUAAAUCGUCGUUGGCUAAUCAUUAUCAUGAGAUCACUAAGAUGUUUGAAUAUUGUGUUGAAGGAGGAGAAGGCCACUCAUUACUCUUGAUAGGACCUCGAGCCAGUGGUAAGUCAUGUAUUGUGGAUGCUGCCUUAGAGCUGUUAGCAGACGGACACGUUGGGAACUCAUUUAUCACUGUUCGUUUGAAUGCAUACAUGCAUGGAGAUGACCGCGUAGCCCUCAGGGAAAUAGCCAGGCAGUUGGAUCAGAACUAUGAAAUAGAAGGGGGUUUCGAAAGAUGGUCAACUAGUGAAACAUUCACCAAUAUAUUAAAAAUCUUGGAAACCAACAUAUUUAAAACAGAGCAACAAGAAGAAGCACAAGAGGAACUUGAAACUAACAAAGAAUAUGAAGAAGACCUUCAAAUGUCCAUAAUAUUCAUUAUUGAUGAGUUUGAGAAAUUCACCAAUAACAGUAAACAAACUUUACUCUACAAUUUGUUUGAUAUGUCCCAAUAUUCCGCUACACCCAUAUGUGUGGUUGGGAUGUCGACCAAAGUCACCACCCGAGAAAUGUUGGAGAAGCGGGUGAAAUCAAGGUUUUCGCAAAGAGUAAUUUCUAUUAACAAACCAUCUACAAUUGAAGAGUUCUGGCAAGAUUUCAAGUUGAACUUGAUAGUUAGUGAAGAAUUGGUGCAGCAUAGAUUGAAGGAUAUCGCCAAUGUGUACAAAUGGAACAAACAAAUAGAAGAUCUUUAUGAAACGUCCAACUCCCCAUUGAAGAAAUUGGUGCUAGAAAAUUAUUUCACAGUGAAAAAUUUCAAACAUCUUGCCAAUGCCUGUCUACCAGCAAUUGUUGGGUGUCAUGACUUUAAAGAUUUGCAUAAGUUUGAGAACUUCACGUUAUAUCAAAAGGUGAAUGACAAUAAUAACAUUCAGAAUAUUAUUGGGUCACUUUCUUAUCUUGAAACGUUAUUGGUUAUAGCAGCUGCUCGAUGGGUUGCCAAAUCAGAGAUUCCUAUCAUUAAUUUCAAUUUAGCAUAUGCGGAAUACCAGGCAAUGAUUAAAUCAUUAAACCUUCAAAACUCAUCUGCAGCAAGUUCAAAUCUUUCCGCUAUCGAUUCCACGAUUCUUGCCUCUAUAAAGGUCAAUCAAAAGAUUUGGUCACCUGUCGUACUACGGAACAGUUGGGAAACCUUAUACAAAUGUGGUAUUUUGCUUGACAGUGCAGGUGUUACUACCAAUAGUGAAGGGAAUAUUAUUACAAACGUGAAUAAAAAUAAAAGUUACACAGUUGAAGAGAACAAAAUGAUUCAAUUGGAUGUCACAUUGCAAGAGUUGAACUCGAUAUUUGACUCCUCCAGCAUAUUUAAUAGAUUCACCAAGUUAUAG